AUGCAUGCAUGCACACAUGCAUAUAUGUACAAGCGCCCUCCUUUCUCCCCUCCUUUCCCCGACAUCGCCCCAGGUGCGCCCAAACAUGACUCGGACAUUACCCCCGGCACGACCCAACAUGGCUCGCUCGAAGUGGUGGCGGAGAAUGGGACCGAGAAGACAGACACCGUUCCCCUGCGCUGCCCCAUCGCUGCACUUCCCCGUCCCUCCCUUGUGUUGGGCCUCCCACCCCCGCUUUCCCCCAACUCUACCCCAGGCGCGCGGCCCAACAUGACGCGCUCGGAGGUGGUGGCAGACAAUGGCACCGAAGAGAUAGACCCCAUUCGCACCAGCUACGGAACUUUUCUGGAAACUGCCCAGGAUGACGUCAUCAAGCGCAUUGAAGACCGCAUUGCUACCUGGACCUUCCUUGCCCCUGAGAACCAGGAGUCGAUGCAGGUGCUGCGGUACGCUGUGGGGCAGAAAUACGAUGCUCACCACGACUUCUUUGAGGAGGAUGAGAAGCAGCAGCAGGGCGGCCACCGCUACGCCACUGUGCUCAUGUACCUCACUGAUGGGUUCCAUGGGGGGGAGACCGUGUUUCCAGACUCUGAGAAGGACAAGCAAGAGAAGGACGACACGUGGUCUGACUGUGGCAAGCAGGGUGUUGCAGCCAAGCCAGUGAAGGGCGAUGCACUGCUUUUCUUUUCCCUGAAACCUUCCGCUGAGCCCGACCUUGCCUCUCUCCACGCGGGCUGCCCCGUGCUGGCCGGGGAGAAGUGGUCUGCCACCAAGUGGAUCCACGUUCGCUCCUUUGAGGAAGAAGAGGAUGGGGGGGAAGAAGGCGGGAAGGUAUCUUCUCACUCGCACCCGCCUGGCGCGUGUGUGGAUGAGAGUGAGCAUUGUCCUUUUCCUCACAGUCGCCGCCCGAUCGCGCGGCCUCGCUACCGCGUUUCCGCAGUAGCGGCGGCAGCCGCAAUUGAGGUCGCGAGGGUAAUCAGAAACGACUGCUCCCCGUUUCCCCUUCGCGCCUCCCCGUUUCCCCUUCCCGCCUCCCCGAUUCCCCUUCCCGCCGCCCCAUUUCCUCUUCCCGCUCCCCAUUACCCCUUCGCGCCUCCCCAUUUCCCCUUCCCGCUCCCCAUUACCCCUUCCCGCCUCCCCAAUUCCCCUUCCCGCCACCCCAUUUCCUCUUCCCGCUCCCCAUUACCCCUUCCCGCCUCCCCGUUUCCCCUUCCCGCUCCCCAUUACCCCUUCCCGCCUCCCCGUUACCCCUUCCCGCCUCCCCGUUAUCCCUUCCCGCCUCCCCGUUUUCCCUUCCCGCCUCCCCAAUUCCCCUUCCCGCCACCCCAUUUCCUCUUCCCGCUCCCCAUUACCCCUUCUCGCCUCCCCAUUACCCCUUCCCGCCUCCCCGUUUCCCUUUCCCGCCUACCGAUCCUCUCUUCCUACCAGCCCAUCUCCCUCACAUUAUCUGCACUCUCCUCUCUCCUACCCUCUUAUCACCUUCCGUGCUUUUUGUACCAUGUCCUGAACCCCGCCAUCCAGUGGCGUGUCCUUGAAGCUAUCGCCACUCCGUUGCUGCAAGUGCUGCUGAGGCCGAGUGCUCGAAGUUUGUGCGAGCAAAGGCCAGCACUGGGAGGGAUCUUGCCUAUUAGCUCCUCGCUUCCUGCACUUCGUUAUCUGCGCGUGCUCCUCCCACCUCCCCGGGCGGGCUCUUCUAGCCGACCCGCCACCCUAUCUCUCCCCUUCCCUCUCCCUGCCUAUGCACCUCCUAUCCCUGCCUAUGCACCUCCUAUCCCUGCCUAUGCAUCUCCUUUCCCUACCUAUGCAUCUCUCUUCCUUGCCUUCACAUCACCCCUCCAUGCCCUCGCAACCAUCUCUCCCGCCUCCCCUACCUGCCUUCAAAACCCUUCUUUCCCCUGCCAUAACUUUUCAUCCACUCCCAUCCCCUUCAAGCCCCUCCCAUCCCAUCCCCUUCCAGUCCCUCCCAUCCCAUUUCAAACCCUUCCAUUCCCCUUCCAGUCCCUCCCAUCCCAUUUCAAACCCUUUCAUUCCCCUUCCAGCCCCUCCCAUCCCAUCCCCUUACCCCCCUCCCAUCCCCUUCCAGCCCCUCCCAUCCUUUGCAGGUGA